UUGGUGUUUGAUCCAAGCGACUCUUUGCAGCGAGAAGUCUAGGAGGUUUUUUUCAAGUUUCUUAUCCUCUUUCAAGUUUAUAUUCAAGGAGUACUGCUGUCUAACACUGCUAUACGGACCAGGUAUUUAAAAGUCUAAUUCUGCCCAGAAUCUCCUUAGUUUUCACAAUCGGUUCCCUGUGACCUGAAGUACUUCCAGCCCUUGGUUUGAGCUGUAAUUUUGAUUGAAUUAUCCACCCAUCAAGGGCCUCCUUCGAUCCAAAUGUCAGGUCAUUCUGACCUGUGGUUCACGAGAUACAAGGAAUCUCCACUUUCUUGUCCUGUAGUGCUAUCGGUUCUGAUUUCAGACCUGAAACAGAGUUCAAUUAGUUGGAGUUGCUUGUUGUUGAUUAUCUGAAGACUGAUUAUGUUUGCUGAAUGAUAUUUGGACUUAGUUCUGUUUCCUAGCAACCCUAUCUAGAUAGCUAUAUUCUGAUCUCAGAAUCCCUGAUUUCUGGACUCGACAGACUUGAUUCCUAGUUCUGGUUUUAAUCAGAUUUGACCUGUGCCACUGUUAUGCCUUCACCAUUGGUUGUUCUUUGGUUUAAAAGUUCUUGCAGAUUGAGACUUGGUUAGACCCUUACCCUAGUCUACAUUACUUGGUCAGAAUGCAAAUGGGUUGUUAAUGCAUUUGGUUUGAAUUCAUUCUUUCUUUAUAGUGCUUUCUGUCUAGUUUGUUUGCACAGCUUAAUUCAAUGUUCUCUAAGCCUUGCCUCGGCGAGCUAUAUGCUUGAAUACUAAGUACAUAACACAGGUCAAUGCAUAACAUAGGAAAAUCCAUGACACAGGUCAUGAAGAAUGUUGAGUUUGGUGGAGAUGUUGAUAGUAAACCUCGGUUAGGGAUGGUAUUUAAUACAGAGAAGGAAGCUUAUGAUUUCUACAACAGUUAUGGAGGAACAACGGGUUUUAGUAUUAGGAGAGAUUUCGCGCAUAAAAGCCGCAAAGAUAAGACAACUUUAACUUGCUGGAGAUUUGUAUGUAAUAAAGCUGGUAUUCGAUGUAAGGAUAAACGAGAUAUUUAUACAAGUAAACCACGAGCUGAGACAAGAUCAGAAUGUCCGGCCCUGAUGUCCAUUUAUGUGAUGGAAAAUGGAAAAUAUGAGUAUCGGGACUUUGUUGAAGAACAUAAUCACAUUCUUCAUACUCCAGAGACUACUUAUUUCAUGCGGUCACAAAGGCAAAUUCAAGACAUACAUGCACAUGAAAUAGAUUUGGCUGAUGAUUUGGGGAUGAAAGAGAAGACCAUUUUCAAGACAUGGGUUAAGCAGGCAGGCGGCAAAGAGAAUCUUGGAUACACACGUGUAGAUCGAUGGAAUUAUCUUCGAACUAGAAGACAAUGUUCCCUAUCUUAUGGUGAAGUAGGAAGUUUGUUGAAGUAUUUUGAAAACCAGAGUAGGAUCAAUCCUUCAUUUACAUACUCAAUGCAGUUGGUUAGUGAUGAACAAAUUACUAAUAUUUUUUUGGUCGAUCCGAAAAUGUUAAUUGAUUAUGCACAAUUCGGUGAUGUUAGUUUUGGCACUACAUUUUGCACUAACAAAGAGUUUCGACCAUUGGGAAUAUUUAGUGGUUUUAAUCAUCAUAGAGGGACCAUUAUUUUUGGGGCUGCGCUUUUAUAUGAUGAGACUGUUGAAUCUUUCAUGUGGUUAUUUGAGACAUUUGCAGAAGCAUAUGGGCAAAAGAAGCCUAUCACAAUCUUCAUGGAUCAAGAUAUUGCGAUGGCAAAGGCAUUACAUGAGGUGUGGCCUAAGACAUGGCAUGGGUUUUGUACCUGGCACAUAAUGCAAAAUGGCAUUACACAUUUGGGUCAUAUGAUGAAGGAUGGAUCGGCUUUUCUCAAAGAUUUAAAAAAGUGUAUAUUUGAAUAUGAGCAAGAAUUACAGUUCGAAUAUUUUUGGGAAAAAUUACUUUGUAACCAUGGAAUGGAAAAAAAUUCUUGGUUGGAUCGUAUCUAUGGAUUUAAAUACAAGUGGGCAUAGUGCUAUAUGAAAACUACCUUCACAAUAGGCAUGCGGAGUACACAACUUAGUGAAAGUGUGAACGGUGACCUGAAGGAGUGUUUAAAAUCCACUUUGGAUGUUGUUCAGUUUUUUAAGCACUUUGAAAGGUUUGUGAAUGAUAAGCGAGAUAAUGGGUUAAAAGCUGAGUUUGAUUCAAGAAACAAACUUCCAAGAAACAUGUUCUCUAUGUCAUUUAUUAUGAAACAAGCUGGGGAAGUCUACACUCCUUAUAUUUUUGAAAAUUUUCGAAAGCAAUAUAAUUGGGUUAAUGUUUGAAAAAUAAAAUUUCGGGAUGAAAGUACUCCCUUGCAUACCUAUUUGGUUAGCAUUGUUGAUUCAGAAUGUGAGUACAAAGACUUUUGUAACCCAGAUGAGCUCACAGUGUAUUGUAGUUGCCAGAAAUUUGAGACAUUUGGCAUUCUUUGUUGCCAUUCGUUGAAAGUUUUGGAGAAUCUAGAUAUCAAGUGUAUUCCUGAAGCUUAUAUUUUACAGAGAUGGACACGAGCAGCAAGAAGCAUGGUAGUCAAGGACAGUGAUGCAGCUUGGCGAUGGAAUUAGUUGCUAUCUUUUGACUUGCUUUUGACUUGAUUUUUAUUUACUUCCUUUAUUGGUUAGAGAUUGGAUUAACAGUCUUUUAUUUAGAUUUGAUUUUUAUUUUAGUUGCUAUCUAGGUUUAGUUUCCAUUUUUAAUUAGCUUCCAAAAUUAUGUCAUUAUUUUUUCUUUAAAUAGCCCUGUAAUGGAGAAGAACUCAGUUUUUAGAAUUGAAUGAAACUGAAAUUAGAUUUUGGAUAAAAUUAUGGCUGUCGUGGGCUGCUUAUCUCUUGUUCUCUUUCUCUGAAGGUCCCUCUCUAAACUAUUCUCUUUUUCCUUCUUAUCUUUUUUUUUUUUUUUUUUCUCCUUACUACUAUUUUCUGUUCCUGUUAUCGUUUCCUUGUUCUGGGCGGUAGUCACAGCCCUAGUUUAAAGGAUCGACCUCUUUCUCCUUUAAGGUUGCUAGACUGAGCUUUUGGUUGAAGGAAACCCUUCCCAAGGCGACUCUAACCCUUGAAUAUCAGGCCUGAAGGUGACUCCUGUUGUGAGAAACAAAAACCUGCAACUUAGGUUACCUAAACCUACCGCCAGAUCUGUUUGCAGGCAUUACAGCCCCUGUUUGCAUUGCUGUUCUGAGGUAUUUCCCAUCUGAAAUCAAGAGGCCCUUUAGUGAAGCAUCAUCGCCUGGAAUCUCAGGCCUAAUAGAGGGGAUUUGAAGGAGAUUUAGCCCCAGCAAGCCGUUGGAUUCUUCCGCCCCUGCUGGUUGUCCAAGGAAGAAGAAGAAAGACCCGUGAGUUGUGGUUUAAAACCCUUUCAUUUGGUUUUUCCCAUUAUACCCCUCAAACCCCUUGAUUUUUGUCCUUUAGUAUUUGUUCUUUUGUGUAAAAGUCCCUCUUUUGUUUUACCUCCAUUAAUAAUACCCCUUCCAUUCCACCUUUAUUUACUACUUACCCAUGCCCAAUAAUUGCUUCCAAGACUACCCCUGGUCAAUAAUUCUAAUCCCCUUCAUAUCCCAUCAGUUACUUUAACCUCCUUUCAUCCUUUUAAGAUCCCUUUUAUUUACAAGUCUGCCAAUCCUUUCUAGGUUUCUUGUAAUUACUAAACUGCCACCUCCCUUUAGUUUCAGUUAAUUACAGAACCACCAUCACUCCUUAUAUUUUGAAUUUACUACUUUAUUGUGGGCCCUAAGCGAUCCGAUUCCUGUUCUUGGAACCCAGAUCCGCAUCAGACAGUGAAGGAAAAGAGGUUGUUGAAGAUGUUAACUUAAAUCGUACACUACGAUAUAAGCUUCUUUGUCCUGAUCUUGUUAAGAUAGCAGUACAGGCUUCAUAUUCAGCUGAAGGAUAUGAUUUGGUGAAAAAUGUUGUCCAAGAAGUAUGCAAGCAACUUGAAAGUAUCACUAUAUCUGAUGGCUCGCCAGUGGUGGUCCCUAAUGAGGUCCCUAUCGUCCUCAAUAGGAUCGAACUGAAGAAGAAACAAUCUUAUAAAAGUGGUAGACGGGGUAAGAGUUGGGUUGAAAGACAAGGAAAGAAAAGACAAAGUCGAGGACCAAGUAUCAGUCAAGCUCCACCAGAACUUGAAUCAGUUCCUAUUCCCUUUACUGAUGCUGCAUCUUCUUCACUGAAUGAACCAGUUAAUUUCACAGAUUUUUUUACGGUAAUUGUUAAAAAAUUUUGUUUUGUUCUUUAAAAACCUAAACCCUCUUAUGUAUAUAUAUUUUUUCAAAUUGGUACCAUUGUUGCCUUUCUAUAGGGAACUAUGAUCAUGUUCUUGCAGAUUUAGCAUCUCAAGCAUCAACAAGAUACAUGGAUCAUUUCCAAGAAUAUGAUUAAGGAAGAGCAUUUUUCUUCUUUUACGGGGAACUAUGAUCUGCUUUCAGAUUUAGUAUCUCAAGCAUCAUCAAUAUAUAUAGACCAUUUCCAAGAAUAUGAUUGAGGACAUCAUUUUUCUUCUUUGAACUCAUUACUCUAUUUGAUUUUAAUAUGCGAUUCACAUAUUGAUAUUAA